CCAGUCGCGACGGAUGGAAAAGUGAAAACGCUCUUUCCCAGGCAGGAAAUGAAAUGUUCUUUCGAACUUCGGGAGACAGAGAGAGGCGGUUUAGCGAGAGAGAGAGAUGAUGAUGAUGGAAUACAGGAGAAUCAAAGAUCAGGAUAAAGAUGGGGAUGUAGUUGAAGAUGAUAUAGAGGGCUUACAUGGGAAGCCCCUCUCAGGCGGUAUGUUUUCGUUAAAGCUCAAGCUUGAACUUGAAGCAGGACCCAAUGGUUUCUGUAAAUAACAUGGCCAGCUUUGGGGCCAGUUCAGCUUACAAGUCCAAAUGGAAGCUCAAGUCAAUUGUUACACUUGCCUUGACGUUGCUUACAAGUUCACAAGCAAUUCUGAUAGUGUGGUCUAAAAGAGCUGGAAAGUAUGAGUAUAGUGUGACCACUGCAAAUUUUUCGGUUGAGGCUUUGAAAUGUGCACUAUCACUUGCUGCCCUUGGAAGAAUUUGGAAAAAUGAAGGUGUUACAGAAGAUAACAAGUUGAGUACAACUUGGGAUGAAGUCAGUGUUUACCCUAUUCCUGCAGCGCUUUACCUUGUUAAAAAUUUACUACAGUAUUACAUUUUUGCCUAUGUCGAUGCUCCGGGUUACCAGAUAUUGAAGAACCUGAACAUUAUCAGCACUGGGGUUUUAUACCGUAUCAUUUUAAAGAAAAAGCUGAGUGAAAUCCAAUGGGCUGCUUUUAUUCUGUUAUGCGCAGGCUGCACCACAGCACAACUUGAUCCUUCUUCUGAUCAUGUUCUUCAAACUCCUUUUCAAGGUUGGGCGAUGGCCAUUGUCAUGGCACUUCUAAGUGGCUUUGCAGGAGUUUACACUGAGGCUAUUAUUAAAAAGCGUCCCUCGAGAAAUAUCAAUGUGCAGAACUUCUGGCUAUAUGUCUUUGGGAUGGCCUUUAAUGCUGUUGCAAUAUUUGUUCAGGAUUUCGAUGCAGUUAUAAACAAGGGUUUCUUUCAUGGUUAUUCAUUGAUCACAACUUGCAUGAUUCUCAAUCAUGCACUAAGUGGAAUUGCUGUGUCGAUGGUAAUGAAAUAUGCUGAUAAUAUUGUGAAGGUGUAUUCUACUUCGGUGGCAAUGCUUUUAACAGCAGUUGUAUCGGUGUUUCUUUUUGGGUUUCAUCUCUCCCUUGCCUUUUUCCUUGGCUCAACGGUUGUUUCUGUCUCAAUUUAUUUACACUCCAUAGGGAAGCUGUGAAGAUGUAAUGUCUUUUUGUUUCCAUAGUUGAGUUCUUGGUGCAAAGUGUCUGAUAGAGCUUUUCUUUUCUUUUCUUUAUUAUCAAUUUACUCGAAAUCAGUUUAAGAUCCAAAUUGCUUGUUCUGUGCUACUUUAAGGUCUUCUUAAUCCUUUAUUAUAGUUUAUCAAUUGAGAUUCUCUAAUACCAACUUCCUUUGGUGUACUAGAUUUUGGGUUU